CGGGAGGUUUAUGACAGUGUACUACUGGAACUAGGCUUGUGUGUUAACCAUAGUUCAUGAAGCAAGAUACCCCAUUCCCUCCUCAGUUUAACACUCAGAAGUUAUCCAAAAUGUAUAUGCAGGUCUAAGCAUAUUGGGGCUCUGAGGCAUAUUCUCCCACCAUCCUGCAAGUGAAUUCCUGUUUGCAAUAAUCUCCAACUUGAGACCCUGAAUCACUUCAGUCCCAGCAAUGCCUGCCCUUGUCCAGGAAGGGCAGCAAGCAGUGAAACUCUGAAGCAUACUGUAUCCGGGCAGUGAUUUUCUGAAGAGUCAAAUAGCUACAUUGUUUACAUUCCACCAUCACUAUGUCAGGAAGCUAUACUCCUGCUGCUGGUGGACCCUUCUCUGCUCUCACUCCAAGCAUAUGGCCUCAGGAGAUCCUGGCAAAAUACACUCAGAAAGAAGAGUCUGUUGAGCAGCCAGAGUUCCAGUAUGACGAAUUUGGUUUCCGAAUAGACAAAGAAGGCAAGGUUGAGCCAAACUCCAGCAAGCUCUUGGGGAUCCCUCUGAUUGAAGAGCCACAGCAGAGGUUGAAAUGGCAGGCUCACUUGGAGUUCACACACAACCAUGAUGUAGGGGACCUUACCUGGGACAAAAUUGAAGUCAUACUUCCACGUUCGGAUAAGCUGCGAUUGCUGGUGUUAGCUGGUAUUCCUCACAGCAUGAGGCCACAGCUAUGGAUGCGACUAUCAGGUGCUCUUCAGAAGAAGAGAAGUUCAGAAAUGUCUUACCGAGAAAUUGUGAAAAACUGCUCAAAUGAUGAAACCAUUGCUGCCAAACAAAUUGAGAAAGAUCUGCUCCGCACCAUGCCCAGCAAUGCCUGCUUCUCCAACAUGAAUAGCAUUGGAGUACCACGGCUACGCAGAAUACUACGUGGGUUGGCUUGGCUGUAUCCAGAUAUUGGCUAUUGUCAAGGCACUGGCAUGGUAGUAGCUUCCUUGCUUCUUUUCUUGGAAGAGGAAGAUGCCUUUUGGAUGAUGUGUUCGAUCAUUGAAGACCUGGUGCCAGCCUCCUACUUCAGCACGACUCUGAUGGGUGUUCAGACCGACCAGCGUGUCCUGCGCCAUCUCAUCGUGCAGUACCUGCCACGACUGGACAAACUUCUUCAGGAGCAUGACAUUGAGCUCUCCCUGAUCACUCUACACUGGUUCCUCACAUCAUUUGCUAGUGUUGUGCAUAUCAAGCUGUUGCUACGCAUCUGGGAUCUUUUUUUCUACCAGGGCUCCAUUGUUCUCUUCCAGGUCACACUGGGCAUGCUCAGCAUGAAGGAAGAUGAGCUGAUCCAGUCAGAGAACUCUGCAUCCAUCUUCAACACACUCUCAGACAUCCCCUCUCAGAUUGAAGAUCCGGAUGUGCUCCUGCAGGAAGCCAUGCGUGUUGCUGCCUCACUGACAGAUGUGGCGGUGGAAACUCAGCGUUGCAAGCACCUUGCCUACCUCAUUGCUGACCAAGGGCAGCUGCUCAAUCCUGGUGCUGCUGUCAACUUAUCAAAGAUUGUGCGACGCAGGACACAACGCAGAAAGUCUGGCAUCAGCUCACUGCUUUUUGGAGAAGAUGAUAUGGAGGCACUGAAAGCCAAGAACAUUAAGCAAACUGAGCUGGUCGCAGACCUGCGUGAGGCCAUCCUGCAAGUGGCACAGCACUUCCAGUGUGUGGAUCCCAAGAGCUGCAGCAUAGAUUUGACUCCAGAUUACACCAUGGAAAGCCACCAGCGGGACCAUGAAAGCUACGUGGCCUGUUCCCGGAAUCAGCGGCGACGUGCCAAGGCGUUGCUGGAUUUUGAGCGUCAUGAUGAUGAUGAACUGGGCUUCCGCAAGAAUGAUAUCAUCACGAUCAUCUCCCAGAAGGAUGAGCACUGUUGGGUUGGUGAGCUGAAUGGCCUCAGAGGUUGGUUUCCUGCUAAGUUUGUGGAGGUCCUGGAUGAACGGAGCAAAGAGUAUUCCAUUGCUGGAGAUGACUCUGUCACUGAAGGUAUCACGGACUUGGUACGAGGGACGCUCUGUCCAGCCCUCAAGGCCAUAUUUGAACAUGGGCUGAAGAGGCCUUCUCUGCUGGGUGGACCCUGCCACCCCUGGCUCUUCAUUGAAGAGGCUGCUGGGCGUGAAGUGGAGCGAGACUUUGACUCCGUGUACUCUCGUCUUGUACUCUGCAAGACUUACAGGUUGGAUGAAGAUGGAAAAGUGCUAACGCCGGAAGAGCUGCUUUAUCGAGCGGUGCAAUCCGUGAACAUGUCACAUGAUGCAGCACACGCUCAGAUGGAUGUGAAACUUCGUUCUCUCAUCUGUAUUGGACUGAAUGAGCAGGUGCUGCAUCUGUGGCUUGAGGUGUUGUGCUCCAGCCUGCAGACAGUGGAGAAAUGGUUCCACCCCUGGUCGUUCUUGCGCAGUCCUGGCUGGGUGCAGAUCAAGUGUGAGCUCAGAGUUCUCAGCAAAUUUGCCUUCAGCCUCUCUCAGGAUUGGGAACUUCCCAUAAAAAGAGAGGAGAAGGAGAAGAAACCACUGAAGGAAGGAGUUCAAGACAUGCUUGUGAAGCAUCACCUCUUUAGCUGGGACAUAGACGGCUGACUGCUUGCUAGGCUUGGACUACUUAGAUGGCAUCAAACACUCCCCUCCCAGCCAACUUGUUGUCCCUUCAUGCAUUGUACACCCUGGCCAACCUGUACCCUCUCCAGUAGUCUUUUGUUCAUUGAGGGAUUUCUAUUAUAAUCUGGUAACAGCUUGCCCUAGCAAAUGGGCAAGAGCACAUUUAAGAGAACAGGGGUGGUACUCCAAUGUUCAAGCCCUGGCUGUCCAGCUUUCCUUCUUCAUGGUGUCACUAACUUGAUUGUGCAGAGCAUGUAUGCGCAUAACUCUAACUCAUGAGUACCACAUGGGACCAGUAAUCACUUAAAGCUGAGACAUGAAGGUCCAAGCAAAAGGUAAGGAAAGUCAGUGAUAAUUUGGUUACAAAGUUUUAUAACCAGACAAGAGAAGCAUAACAAGAGGCAGAGGGAUCCCCUAAAUAUAGCCAGUCUAGCUGUUACAUUCUGUUCAAGAGAGGAGUUUGAUGGCUGGCAAGCUCCUCUGAAACUUACUUCACCUGUAAUGGUAAACUUAUUGUCCUACAUAGAGCUAAUAUGUGAAGCAAGUAACAGAGAAAGAGAAUGUGAUUCUUGACUUGUCUUUCCAGGUGCUACAGUGCAUGAAUGGCUUUGGUACUGCCACAAAGUGCCUAAAAUGAUGGGCUGGUAACUGCCUUGGUUGUUGUGAAGGAUGGUGGCAGCAGUAGCCUGUCCUUUAAUUCUGGUUGCUAGCUGAACAGAAUCAAUUUUAGCCCAGAGCAGAUUUUUUUUUAAAUUGGUAACCAAAAGAUGUAAAUUAUAUCCAGAAAUUGCUGUAUAUUUUGACAUAUCUUAGAGCAGGAAAUGGAUUCAGGACUGAGCUGGCUCAGGGAGACAACUACAGCCUCUGUUCUAUCUGAGGAAGAUAGCAGAGACUGCAGGAUAGGAGCACACAACUUGCUGCAUGGUGGCAGCACAAUUGAGUGCAGGUAAUAAUGAAAGCACUGGUUUGGGGAGCACAAUCAAAUCAUUUAACAAAAUGAGAUUCUGUGUCAUUUUGGUUUAUAAAUAAACUGCACAUUUUGUGACUGUGUCUAAGACAGAUGGGGAAGUGGGACUGAUCUUUCAUAUGCCUUUAGCCUUAUUUCUGUUUAUCUGAGCUAUGGCAGUAUUAAUGCUUGGGAAGGAAUAAGAAUAAACACUGCUGUGCUAGUAACCCUAGGAAUUUCAUAUUAAGUAAAAGGUUGAUCAGCCUUGUA